CUCUCUCUCUCUCUCUCUCUCUCUCUCUCUCUCUCUCUCUAAAAGCAUCAUCAACAAAACCAGUGAUUCCUGUGUUGAAUAACCAAGUUGGAGCAACCUUUUGCAUCUCUAAUCUACAAUCACAACCCUAACCACCAUUUUCAUCUUCUCAUGAUCUCUUAGGGAAUUGGUUGUAAGAGAUGACGAGGUUGACGCGUGAUUUUGGAGAUACUAUGAAGAAAGAGGCAGUGCCUGCGGUAUCUUCUGAUGUGAUAUUUGCUUCUAGUCGGUUUCCUAAUUACAGAAUCGGUGCAAACAAUCAGAUUAUGGAGACAAAGGAUGACCCGAAACUAUUAUCUAUGAAGGAGGUUAUUGCGCGGGAGACUGCUCAGUUGUUGGAUCAGCAUAAUCGUCUUUCGGUUCGUGAUCUUGCUAGUAAGUUUGAGAAGGGUUUGGCGGCUGCUGCUAAGUUGUCGGAAGAGGCCAGACUUAGAGAAGCAGCGUCAUUGGAAAAACACGUUCUUUUAAAGAAGCUCAGAGAUUCACUUGAAUCGUUAAAGGGGCGUGUAGCGGGUAGAAACAUGGAUGAUGUAGACGAUGCUAUUGCUAUGGUUGAAGCUCUAGCGGUUCAAUUAACUCAAAGGGAAGGGGAACUAAUACAAGAGAAGACGGAGGUGAAGAAAUUGGCAAAUUUUCUUAAGCAGGCUUCUGAAGAAGCUAAGAGACUAGUUGAUGAGGAAAGAGCUUUCGCUCGUUCAGAAAUAGAUAAUGCGAGGGCUGCUGUUCAGAGAGUGGAAGAGUCACUUCAAGAGCACGAGAGAAUGUCUCAAGCUUCUGGGAAGCAGGACGUGGAACAACUAAUGAAGGAGGUUCAAGAAGCUCGAAGAAUCAAAAUGCUCCAUCAGCCAAGCAAGGUCAUGGAUAUGGAACAUGAGCUUUUAGCACUGAGAGCUCAACUUGCGGAGAAGACUAGACACUAUCUUCGACUUCAGAAGGAGCUUACAAGGACAAAGAAAGGAGAGGAAAAUGUUCCACAUUUAUAUGAACUUGAAGGAAAUGAAACCUUAGGUUCUUAUUUGCAAAUUCAACCAUGCUCUGAUAUUGCUCCAGACAUUUCAAAUUGUUCAAUUCAGUGGUAUCGUGUAUCAUCUGAUGGUACCAAAAAAGAACUUAUCUCAGGAGCUACCAAAUCCGUUUAUGCACCCGAACCUUUUGAUGUUGGACGCGUAUUGCAAAUUGAUAUUAUUUCAGAAAACCAGCAUGUCGUACUUGCAACCACUGGUCCAAUAGAUCCAGCUGCUGGUUUGGGAACCUAUGUAGAGGCGCUUGUGCGAAAACACGACACCGAAUUCAAUGUAAUUGUAACUCAGACUAGUGGUUUACAUCAUCCAACUGAAUCUAUUCAUACACUUCAUGUCGGAAAGAUGAGGAUCAAACUCUGUAAAGGAAAAACAACAAUUGCUAAAGAAUAUUAUUCAAGCUCAAUGCAGCUUUGUGGAGUUCGAGGUGGUGGAAAUGCUGCGGCGCAGGCACUAUUUUGGCAGCCAAAACAAGGACAAUCUUUCGUAUUAGCAUUUGAAUCGCAGCGAGAAAGGAAUGCGGCCAUCAUGCUUGCAAGGAGAUUUGCAUUUGACUGUAAUAUCAUGCUUGCUGGACCAGAUGACAGAGCUCCAUUAGGGACUUGAUGAAUCCUCCUUAAUAUCACACUUUUCUUCUCCCUUGUAAUUAUACUGAGUUUUUUUUCUUUCAUUGUAUUAUAUGUAAGUGUUAACAUAAAAAUGUGGCUUGUUAUUUGUAUUCAUAAGUUGGUAAUGAUUCAUAUCUUAUGGUGUGAAUCAUUUAAUGUAAUUUUUGUUUCAUUAACACCAAGGCAUUUUUUUGUUUGCCUUUGUGACUGAGUUGACACACAAGAUUUAGAGAUUACAUAUUAAUUAUAGAAUGGUGGAAAAUGGAUUGUAUUGUA